AUGACUCCUCUUUUGAUGACUUCCGAAGAAGAGGAAAUUCACAUAGGGACUCCUUUGAUCAAGGAUGAGGAGCUGACAGAUCUUGGUGAGAUGACUACAAGCGCGAAGGUGAAGACCUCUAUUAUCAUCUUUAUCUCCAAUGUGCUAAGCCUCUUCUUUCUUUCCGUGUUAACGCAGCUGGCUCUUCUUUACUACUUUUAUCGAAUCCACAUUAAACGAGAGCACAGGUAUACUGCUUCAGACAAGGAUGCUUAUCCCAUAAAAAAACCCAAGAUCUCCUUGGAUCUUCGAUACUAUGCUCAACUUCUAGGCUGCGAAUUAUACGAGUACAAGUUAGUCACAGAAGAUGGGUUUGUUAUAGUUCUGAAUCGGCUUGUGGAUCGUAAAAUUCUUAGGGCCGAUCACAAUUGCAAGCCUAUUCUUAUGAUUCACGGUUUACUACAGUCUUCUGGAGCUUUUCUCUCCGGGGGCUAUAAGAGUUUGGCGUAUUUGUUAGUCCAGAACGGAUACGACGUUUGGCUCGGUAAUAAUAGAUGCGGAUUUGACCCUCAGCAUACUCGUUAUAGCAUCAAUGAUCCUAGAAUGUGGGACUGGGACCUUACAGAGAUGUGUAAGUAUGAUCUUACCUGCAUGAUCGAUCAAGUGUUGAAGAUCACCAAAUACAGUGGUAAGAUAUCACUUCUAGGACAUUCCCAGGGUACGACGGAGAUUACCAUGCUCUUAAGUAGCCAGCUCAGUCUUGGAUAUGAGGAAAAAAUCGACAAGUGUGUGCUUUUGGCACCUGCCGUAUAUGGGGGGCAUCUCGUAAACAGGAAACUGUUUAUUAAAUUCAUGAGAUUUCUUCCGAACAGUCUAUUUGACUUGUUCUUCGGCAUCCAUGCCUUUAUUCCAAUCAUGAUGUUUAUGAGAAAUCAUAUGUAUCGAAGUCCUAUGUAUGGAUUAAGCUCGUACGCUAUGUUUAGUUAUUUGUUCACCAGUGAUGACUAUCGUUGGGAUCGCUCGCUACGUGAUAUCCAUUUUUUGUUUGCUCCUAGUUAUCAGUCAUCCAAGUUAAUGAAGUGGUGGUUGAAGGGAAAGGGGUUUAGAGAGGGAAAAGCUAUAUUAGACGAGGAUGUCCCCUGGUUUAACGCGUCCACCCCUGAGCUUUUACUUGUUAUUGGUGAACAGGAUAGGUUGGUCGAUGGAAACUUAUUCUACGAGCAUUUAAAAGCAAAGGAAGUUUCCAUGCAGGGGAAGUUCAGUCGUCUAUCCAUACCCGAGUACAAUCAUCUUGAUGUUAUGUGGGCAGAUGCCGUUCAAGAGACUGUCGGUAGAGAGAUGUUGCAUUUUUUAGGUACACAAUAG